AUAUUUUAUCGCAACUCAUAAUCUUCCUAGUCUGUGCGAGAAACGUGUUUGACGGUGCGCUGGUAACAGUGCUAUUCUGAUAAAAAUUGGAUACUAUAUUGAAUAUUCUAUUUGCAGUUUGAAACAGAGCAGUUGGUGGGACUGUGUGACUGUGCAUACAUUAAUUAAUCAACGUUAUUUAAGUUAAACAAAUUGCAUUGCGAGAUUUAUAACACUUCGAGUAGGGGACGCGACUUGGACUUCUGAUUGCUUAAAACUCAAAUGCAUAUUAACUACGAAAUGAGGGGAUUUGUUGGCACAAUGAGGACAUUGAUUAUUUUCGCUAUUUGUCUAAUUUUGUACGGAGAGUGCAAGUUAUUGCCCAAAGGGAACCAUCAUGGUAACUGGAUAACUAAUGAAAUAUCUACAAGGAAGACCCAUCACGCUGGUCCUCCAGAUCACACUAAGCUUGUUGCUAUGGCCAGAUAUGUCCUCCACAAUUCCAACUGGGCAUCUAUAGCUACCAUAUCAGUUUUGCCAGCUAUCGAAGGAUUUCCGUUUUCAAACGUAAAAUCAAUUGUUGACGGAUCCCUUGCUAACUCUACUGGAAUUCCAUACUUUUAUGUAUCUCCUCUGGACUUCACGGCUCGCGAUUUGAUGAAAAAUAGUCGUGCCACGGUAUUGGUUACGUUGGAGGAAACACGAUUCUGCGAAAACCAAAAAUAUGACCCCGAAGAUCCGCGUUGCACCCGUCUUAUGCUGUCCGGAAAAAUGAAAAAGAUCAAAGACGGCUCUCCCGAGUAUGAGUUUGCGAAGGCCGCUUUGUUCGAGAGACAUCCGGCGAUGGCGACUUGGCCAACUGACCACGACUGGUUUAUCACCAAGAUGAAGAUCGCACAAAUAGCAAUGGUGGACUGGUUCGGCGGUGCCAAAUAUAUCCCUGUUAAAGACUACCUGGCUUACAACUAUACUGGUACUGAAAUGCUGCAACAUUACCGCCAAGGGCAUCAUGUAGCUCUAUAAUGCAAAAUAGGUCCUUUAUAGGUUUCGGAUUAAGAAUUAUUCUCGUUCUACAUUGUUCUAUAUUUUAUUCAUUGGUUACAGAAAUAGUUUUUAUAGUUUUCUAUAGAUAGUAGAGUCGAGUUGUUAAAUGUGUCUUUAAGUUUUAGGUCUCUUUGUACAUUACAUCAAGACCUAUCCUGGUCUUUUAAAUGUUACAAUAUAUUUAUUUAAGAAGAUAUUUUGUACAUUUCAUAUGUAGUGGAUUUAUAUAUAUAUACCUGUGCUGUUAGGUUACUUUCAUACAUUUUGAUAUAUGUUAGAUUUUCACUUGUAUAAAAAAAAUAAAGCGGUAUAAAUA